AUGACCACGAAACAAAAUCCUUACGUUUCAGCUAGCUCAAAGUCGAAAUUGAACAACUUUCAAUAUGUUCCUACCAACAAUGAUGCAAUUCCCAAGAAGAGUUCGUCAAAGAAAUCCGCCCAAGCUAUCGCCAAUGCCGACAAGGAAAACCAUAAAUCAUGGAUAAAUGGUGUGAUGGAACCACCCAAGUCUCCAGUAAAAUCUCCAAGCAAGUCUCCCGGCAAGGCCUUGCCGUCGACACAGACCAAAGAAACGAAGCCCUUGAGUGAAUGUCCCAAAACGCCGGCCAACAGAAUUCCUCUAGCCGACCUGAUAAGCAACGCGGAAGAUGUGAUGGUUAUGCCUUCGGGACAAGAAUUGACGCCCGAUGAUUAUGUAUCAUGGCAACCAGCUCCUCCUCGCAGUUCAGCUACGCGACGUGGAACAAGCAGUCGAAGUAAAAAGCGUCGACACAGCUCGUCUCCAACAAGUUCGCCGCUUAAAGAUGGUACUUCGAAGAAGCCAAAGGGGUCAUUCGAUAUGAAGAACUUUCAACGUCUUUUGAAAACACCCCAGACCGAUAUGGCAACCGAUCUAUGGAAUAAAUACAUUGGCCAAAGCAAACUGGAAGGAACACUGGAUAUACCGACAAAGUUCACAAACUUACCCUCAUCGCCUCAAACUCCCGCGUCGCAGAGAACAGGACGGGACUCUUCGGCCUUGCGCAGGUCGGUCAGUUGCAAUGUUGACUGGCCUUCAUCCAAGACAAAAAGACGAAGAGUUGAGGGCGUUGAUGGCGCUCGCACAGCCCGAGAUAUCUUUUCUCGGUCAAAAAGCAAUGUUCUGGACUCUGGAAGCUCAACCAAAUUGAGCUUUCUGUUGAACAAGAUUCAAGAUACGUUAGCAAGCACGAAACCAAAUCCCAAGAUAAUGCCGCCUUCAUCACCACCGCCUCCUCUUCACGAUUAUGUGCGGGAAGACCUCUCUCCAUCGCCAUCCAAGAAGCAGCAGUCCAAGCCUGCUAGCCGGCGCCACAUUCCAGAGGUAACUAUGGAGGAAAAAGUUCCUUGGGAUCGACCACAAAUAAUUCAAAAAACUCACAACCUAAAAUCAUCAUCUUCAGAUUUUGGUGAUGAUGAUUUGGAUGAUGAUCUUCUGGCAUUAGUGAACUCGUCGACAUCACCAAUUAUGGAUUCCGGCCACGAAGACAAUGCGGUAGUCGACAACAAUGCUCCACAACAUUGGUUAGUUGAACAAAGUAACCAGCCAGAUUUACCGAAAUACGAACAACCACCUUCGAAAGACGACGAUGAUGACGAAUUUGAUGACGGUGUUGAGUUCGGAGAGGGUAUUGAAGAACUGCUCACACAGUAUGAGAAACAAGCACCUGAAAUACAGAAACAAGCGUUACCCCAACCUAGUCGAAACUUGAGCCAUGAACAGCCCAUGAUGAAAGUUUCACCAGACACGAUCACACGAAAUGCCGGCAUUUCAGAUGAAAACUCUCUCUCGGAUGAUGAAUUUGAGGAUGAUCUGGACCUCAACAAUGUUCUUCAAGAGAUGGAACACCAAUCAGAAAAACCUAAAGCUAAACAAGCUAUCAAACGCUACCUCAUUGUACAGAUUGCUGAAAGCACGUAUACAACUCAGAAAGGGUUUGAACAACCAGAACAGGUGCUUUCCGUGAUGGACGAGAAAACAAGUACUCAAAAGGUCAUCAUUCUUCGGGAAUCAUGGGCCGACAGUCCCUGCACGAAAAAUUCCUACAUCCAUCUGAUCGGCGAUUACGACCAUAAAGACCAAUGCAUAGUGGACAACGCUCACAACAUGAUCAUCCUUCAUCCGGACCACCUCAUCUCGGCUACCGUCGUCGCUGACGCCAUUACUUGUCAGAGACGCGCCGUCCUACAGGAUCGAAUCAAGGCUACCUCUGAUAUCAACAAGCCUCAGGUGUAUGGUCAUAUUCUCCACGAAGUCUUUCAGGAAGCCAUGAAAGUCAAUCAAUGGGAUCUGCAGUCAAUGAGAACAUUGGUCGAGCGGAUUCUUGUUCAGUAUGUGGAGAGUUUGUAUGCGAUUCACGUUAGUAUGAUUGAAGCUGUGGAAUAUGUGAUGAGCAAGGUGCCUGAGUUGAAGGCAUGGGCAGACAUUUUUCUUCGUCCCAAGCCGGAUGCUGAAUGCAUGGUUGAAGACCGUAAUGGAUCCAAAGCCAAUCUCAGUAUCAACAAAUUGCUCGAGGUUGAGGAACAUGUUUGGUCUCCAAUGUACGGGCUUAAAGGCAAUGUCGAUGCAACUGUGCAAGUAGCUUACAACGAUGGCGGCAACCAAAAGACAUUGACUAUUCCUCUGGAAAUGAAGACGGGMAAAAAAGACMCCAGCCAUAGUCACCGAGCACAGACUUCAUUGUAUACACUUUUGCUUUCUGACCGUUACGAUGUCGAGGUUACUUUUGGAUUGCUUUAUUACUUGGAAAUGAAGAAAAUGUUUCGGAUCAGGGGCAUCCGUCAUGAACUCCUACAGAUGAUCCAAGAACGAAACCGGCUGGCGGGKUUCAUACGGGAAAAAAUGGAAUUACCGCCAAUGAUACAACGAAAACAUCUCUGCAACCAGUGCUAUUCAAAGACAGCUUGCUUUGUAUAUCACAAACUAGUUGAUGAUGGCAACGGUGAGACCAGUGGGCUUGGCCCGAAAUUCGACGAGGUGGUUGGCCAUUUAGACGCGCGUCAUUCAGAAUUUUUUAAGAAAUGGGACAAUCUUCUAACUCUGGAAGAAAAAAAUAUGAUGAAGUUCAGACGCGAGUUGUGGACAAUGACCAGCACAGAGCGAGAACCUCUUGGGCGUUGUUUCAGCGGUGUGGUCAUUGAGCCUGGUUCUGCCUAUGAGGAUCCGAGCGGCUCAAAAAUCAAUCGCUAUAGGUACAACUUUGUCAAGUCAAAAACAACACCUGGAUUUUCUUUUACGGAGUCUCAGAUUACUGUGGGUGAGCCCAUCGUCAUCUCCGAUGAGAAGGGUCACUUUGCCUUGGCCAAUGGCUAUGUUGUGCGUACCAGUCCAAAGAGGAUCUCGGUUGCUGUUGACCGCAGACUUCACAAUGCGCGCGUCAGAUGCAAAGAUUUUGAUGCAGAGCGCAAUCAGAGCUUCAAGGGUAUUAUGGAAGUUGGACAAGGCAGCAGUUCAGAAUACCCAGAGGAACAAAUGGUGUACCGUCUCGACAAGGAUGAAUUCAGCAAUGGCAUGGCUACGAUUCGAAAUAACCUCGUCAGUCUGAUGGAGAACUUCUCCAUGUCUAUACCUCUGAGGAAGGUUAUCAUCGAACAGAAGACACCUGAAUUCAAGGAGCCGUCUUCGUCCGCAGAGGCAAUUUUCAGCUCGUCUCAGGCAAACCUCAAUAUUGAUCAGAAACAAGCAAUCGAUAAAGUCAUGAGUGCAAAGGAUUAUGCUCUUAUUCUUGGUAUGCCGGGUACUGGAAAAACCACCACUAUCGCUCAUAUCAUUCGGGCCUUGGUCUCGCAAGGGAAGAGUGUGCUGUUAACGUCUUAUACCCACACUGCCGUCGACAAUAUUCUGCUCAAGAUCAAGAACGACAAUAUCCGGACUCUUCGUCUCGGGGCUGUUGCAAAAGUGCAUCCAGAGGUACAACAGUUUGUCGACCUCGCAGCCAUCCUGAAGAAGACGAUUGAAGAGUUGCAAGAAUCCUACCAAGAAUCGAAAGUAGUGGCGACAACUUGCUUGGGCAUCAAUCACCCGAUUUUCAACGAGCGUAUAUUUGACUAUUGUAUUGUCGACGAGGCUUCUCAAAUCACGCUACCUGUUUGCCUGGGCCCGAUCCGAAUGGCAAAGACCUUUAUUCUUGUGGGUGAUCACUAUCAGUUACCACCACUUGUUCAGAACAAGGCUGCUCAAGAGGGUGGUCUGGAUGUGAGCUUGUUCAAGCUCUUGUCUGAUGCGCAGCCUUCAUCUGUUACGAACCUCGAGCACCAAUACCGCAUGUGUGAAGAGAUCAUGUUGCUAUCCAACACACUUAUAUACUCCGGACGCCUGAAAUGCGGCAGUUUCGAGGUUGCUUCACGAUCCGUCAAAUUGCCGAAUCUGCAGAAUGCUAUCAAGACCCAUCACGUCACUUCGCUCGCAGAUAUAGCCUCCGGCCGCUGCCCCGGCCCAACUCGAUCUCGCUGCUGGCUCAGCGACCUCCUCUCCCCCGCCGCAAAGACCCUCCUCGUCAAUACCGACACCCUCUCCAACCGCGCUCCCGAGACUCUGGUCGGCUCCCGCCUCACAAACACCAGCGAAGCAAUUCUUUGCGUCCAACUCGUGCAAUCCCUCAUCUCAUCCGGCAUAUCGCCCCGCGACAUCGGCGUAAUAACAUUCUACCGCAGCCAACUCUCCCUACUCCGACAAUCUCUAAGACAACACUCCUCCGAACUCGAGAUGCAUACAACCGACAAGUUCCAGGGCAGAGACAAGGAAAUCGUGAUCCUGAGCUGUGUGCGCAGCAACGGCGAGAAACAAGUCGGCGAUCUACUGCGGGACUGGCGCCGUAUCAACGUCGCAUUCACCAGAGCGCGCACGAAGUUGUUGGUGAUUGGGAGUAAAUCCACCCUCAGAGACGGGAACGAGUUACUACAGAAAUACGUUGAGCUCAUGGAGUCGAAGCAGUGGGUUUAUGAUUUACCUCGCAACGCAUUGCAGGACCAUGUCUUUGAGUCCCUUGAGGAUGGCGCAGGAAUGUUUUCGCCUACACAGCGGAGAAGUAUUCAGUACAAUAACGUCAAGACCUCGCCUUCACCGAUAAAGAGGUCGAUGAACGACAUACGAAUGACGCCGGACAAGAACCUCAAACGGAAAUAUAUCAAUGGACCUGGAUCACCGACUGGUCCAGGGGGAAAGAGUCCAUUAAGUCCAGCCGCGCAGCAGCGCAAGAUUAUCAAACGAGAGAAGAAGAUGAAGACGCCUGAGAAAAGGGGUAACAGAGUCCCGGGUGUGGAGAAGCUUGUGCAUAAAAGGCCUGUUCUGCAGGAUUUGUUGAAUGAGUUUAUGGGAUGA